CUUUCCAGUAGUUGAGUCGCUCGUGUUUUGCAAAGCAAGACAAUAAUUCUGAAAAAAUAAAAUGAAAAAGAUUGAAAAAUCGAAAAGUUUAAACACCUGUGAUACAUGCGGCAAGUGCUUUAUGAAGCCAGCUUUGCUCCGUCGGCAUCUAGCUGUGCACAGUGGCGACAAGGCAUUUCCAUGCGAAAGCUGCUGCAGUCGCUUCUCUCAAAAAAGUUCACUGCUACGUCACAAACGCAUCAAGCAUGAUGUGGCAAAGGAGUGCGACGACUCCGACGUAGCGCAACAUGCACUGGCUGCGCUGAAGCUGUUGCAAGGCAGCCAUACGCCUACAGAUAAUGCGAUUGCUACCCAAAUGAAAUCAUUAGGUUCGUUAGGCUCACUGCGCACUCUGGAAGAGAAAGCAUCUUGUAAUGUAGUAGAACUGAGGGACAAGCUCAAUCCAGCUGGUGAAGUCCAUAUUCUCAUCACACAGCGCAUAGUGCGACAGAAGCCCAAUCGAUGCUACUAUGUCUGUGAAUAUUGCGCUAAGGAAUUCAGCAAGAGUUACGAUUUGAUAAGGCAUCGUCGCUCGCACACCAAAGAGACGCCCUAUCCGUGCAAUCAGUGCUGCAAGCGGUUCGCCACUGAGAGCAAGCUCAACGAGCAUAACAAACGCCUGCAUGCUACUGUGAAAAAGCAUGCAUGCAUCCAGUGUACUUCCAGUUUCAGCAGCAAGAGUAGGCUACACAAACAUUUGGCUGAGAAACAUCCUCAUAUGGUGCAUAGCUGCACGCACUGUAGUCGAACCUUCCAAUCGAAAUCUGCCUAUGAGGCACACAUGAAACUAGAAGCAGAUCCGAUCAGAGGAAAACUCAUCGAACUUUUGCCACAGCCAGUGCUGUCGCAGCGCAGCUACAAGUGCAUCUACUGCGAAAAGCAAUUUACACGCAAAUUCAACUGCCGCACACACAUGCUGCUGCAUCUGCGGCGUUUGGUGGACCCAAAACAGAUGAAACAUAGUUGCCUGCAAUGUGGCAAACAGUUCAAGCGACCCAACGACUUGGCCCGUCACUUGCUAACUCAUUCGAAGCUUAAGCUGCACAUAUGCCACGUAUGUCAAAGACGAUUCACCCUAAAGUCCACAUUGGCCAGACACCUGGAAACGCAUCAGCCACAGCGGAGCAACGUUAAUUGUCAAGUGUGCGGCAAGAGCUAUGCCUCCAAGACAUCACUGCAGCUACAUCUGCGGUUGCACACCGGCGAACGACCCUUCAAAUGUGAAAUUUGCGGCGAAACCUUUCGUACAUCAGGACACAGAUUGGAGCAUAUGCGAGCCGAACGGCACAAGAAUGCAUCGUCCAAUGCACUAAUUCUUUGAUCAAAUUUGCAUAACAUAUAAAAGUCUAUAUUUCAUAAAUACCAAAUUACUAUUACAUCUA